GGGAUCACACUCAUCAUUUGGAGAAGGUAGUCAUGGUUGCUAACAAAGCUGGACCUCUGCUCGUGUUUGUUGUCACAGUGGUUAUGAACAUAUUUGCAUCUUCCUUGGGAGCUAAUGUUAAAAUAGGUGUUCCGGAGAAUUAUGAUGGCAUUUUCCCAUGGUAUUUAGCCAAGCUUCACAGCCUGACAGGCAAUUACAGCGACUUAGUGGUAACAGGGGACGAUGAAGGUAUAUUUGGAGUGGACGCUCAGUUCCUUUAUGCUCUGAAACCACUGGACCGAGAGAAGCAGCCGUCCUACUCUCUGCAGGUAUCUUUUAGAACAUCAGGGCAACGGCAGAGCUUCACGGUCGAAGUGUGCGUCAUUGACAAGAACGACAAUGUGCCCACUUUCAUUCAGGAGAGCAUGAGAGGCAGCGUGCAGCUUGGGCUUCUCAAAGGGAUUCCCUUCAUGCAGGUUGAGGCGCUGGACCGUGAUGACCGCAAAACUGCCCAUGCUGAGCUACGUUUCCGUCUAAUGGAACAGACACCCAGAAUCCCCUCCCCACAAAUGUUCUUCAUUGACUCUAUCACUGGAGAGGUUUCCCUCACCGAGGACGGAGCCUCAACACUGGACCCUGAGAUGUGCGGCAGAUAUAAACUGUCAGUGAUGGUGAAGGACAUGGCCGGGAAGUCAAAUGCAUUCUUCACCACAGGAAUUGUUACAGUUGAGGUCACCGGGAAUACUUGGGCAUCGCCUGAUCCUGUACGAUUGCAGGAGAACCUCCCGGGCCCGUAUCCCAUCCCAAUCUCCCAGGUGAAAUGGAGUGGAAGUCGAGUAGAGUACAGUCUGGAGGGGGAGUUUCCAGAGAUGCUCUUCACCAUCAGUAGGGAAGGAGUCAUUUAUCUCAACGCCCCCCUGGACAGAGAAACACAAGACCAGUUUGUGAUCAGCAUCGUGGUGGAGCGUCCAGACGGCCGAGAAAUUGCCAAGCCAGUGGAAUUAAGAGUGAUGGUGGGCGACGCCAAUGACAACAGACCCACAUUUCCACAGGCACAGUAUCACACCGUGGUCAAGGAACUGGCAGCUCGAGGGACGGAAAUCUUGACAGUGCAGGCAGCUGAUAAUGACGAUCCUAAGACAGAUAAUGUACGGAUCUUCUAUCGAUUGGUUGGACAAAUCCCAGAGAGUCCUCGUGCUCUAUUCAGAGUGGACCGGGACUCUGGGGUCAUCUCAGUCCAAGCAGACAACAUGGAGGGAACGGCACCACAGUACACACUCACCAUCGCUGCUGAAGAUGCUAAAGGUCUGAACAGUUCCUGCACGGUAGUGGUGACGGUGCAGGAUGAGAACAACAACCCACCAGUCUUCUCCCAACAUGAGUAUGGACCAUUCCACAUCCCAGAAGAUGCUUCAGUGGGCACCAUUGUAACAGCUGUGCUGGCAGGGGAUGCUGAUGUGCGGGGAGGAGACAGCUGGCAGGUGAAUUACCGGUUCGAGUCUGGAAAUGAGGAAAAUGUCUUCUCAUUGACGACAGACGGGCAGACCAAUGAGGUCUCACUUGUCCUUUCAAAGGUUCUCGACUUUGAGCGAGAGAGUGAAUACAUCCUGGUUCUAAGUGCCCAGAACCCGGUAGCUUUGGUCCGGGGCCGCUAUGGUCCUUCAUCCACGGCAACUGUAUCGAUCUAUGUCGAUGAUGUAAACGAAGGUCCAGUUUUGUCGCAAAGUCAUUACGAGGUGACCGUUAGAGAAGGUGAAGAACCAGGGAGGGUGAUUGCCACCAUCCGAGGCUACGACCCUGAUUCUCACCCAAUCAGAUAUUCUCUUCAAGGAGACACCAAGAAGUACUUUUCAAUAGGAAAAUACUCCGGUGAACUAAAGACUGUGCAGGCAUUGGACCGAGAGGAGAACAGCACCUACACCAUGGAGGUCAUUGCAGUUGAUGGACGAAACGCUUCCUUAUCCGCUUCAACCUUGGUCACGGUCCAAAUCCUGGAUGUGAAUGACAACAGUCCAGUGUUGGUGGGUGACUACUCCUGGAAGUACUUGUGUACACCUCGCUGGGAAGACCAAGCGCUUGUGUUGGCCUCUCGGGACAGCGACGGCCCACAACAUGGAGGAAGACUCAACUUCUCCCUACGGAGCGAUGCCACAGUCCGACGCAACUGGAAGCUCACACCCAUUAAUGAUACUCACACCAACCUGUCCCUAAACACACCAUAUCUGGCCCCCGAAGUUUACACUGUGCCCUUCACUAUCUCGGACAGCAGCUCUCCUCCCAGAAGCACCUUCAUAAACCUACCAGUGACUGUCUGCCCUUGCAACAUCAGGGGCAACUGCAAAAUGCCAGCCAAGCAGCUGCAGGGCAUGCCAACUAUCCAGUCUGCAGUGGGCAUUCUACUGGGUACAUUUGCUGUCAUUGGUAUUAUCCUUGUUGUUGUGUUUGUGAGGCUGUCUUACCAGAACCCCAAACAACAAGGUAACACGAGCCAGGAGAGAGUUCCUCUGAAAAUGUCAAUUUAAACAUGAUGAUCACAUGAUCAGCUACCAAUGCCACUUCAAUGUCGCUCAGAAAAUAUAGAUUGUGUAUCUGUAUUUGAAAUUCAUUAGAGUAGAUGUAAAAAAAAAAGUAGGUACACCUGCCUGUGCCUAGGUUAUGUGGCUUUGUUACAUAUUUUGAGUAGUUUUUUACACAUUUUUUUUAGUUUUAGUUAUUGCUAGUUAUAUCAGAUUAAAAUUAAUACUACAUGUUGAUUUCAUUUAUUGAAUUUUAAAGACCAAUUUAACAAGCUUUUUAUUUCAAACGGACCCAGUGCAGUAAUACCUUUAUAAUAUAAAGGUAAUACCCACUUUUUUUGAGAAAUAUAUUAAUUAAUAAAUCCUGCUGCUUUGUGGUUGAAUACAGCAUGUUAUUAGUCCAAAAAUAUGCAUAUUUCAGCAAAUUUUAUGUUUAUUUUGCCCAAAAUAAUUUUGCACACAAACACUAGUCGCCAAAACAACAUAUUUUAAUUGCAGGACUGAAUUAUCUCACAACCGACACAAUAAUCCAUUAACACAGGCUACUGUUGCCACACUAAAACUAAACUCUGAACCCCCGCCGUCACUUCCUGUCUCAUCUCCCCAAGCUCCUGAACGCAUUAACAUAAACACACAUAGGCAUGAGUCUUAUUUAUGCUCAUAAUUGCGUAUGUACUCUUAUUACGUGUGUGAAGGGGACAAUUGGGGUGCUAUUUCAUGUGUGGAGGGCUCUAAUAAUGUGAAAUCCUACUCCGCUGAAAUGCACAUAUCACAGUAGUGUUUGGAACCAAUUUACGAGGGAUUACUGUAUAUUGUCACACUGCUUAGACCAGUGUUUUUCAACCUUUUUUGAGCCACGGCACGUUUUUUUACAUUGGAAAAAUCUUGUGGCACACCACUAACCAAAAAUGUUACAAAAUGUCACCAUGACCUCACACGUGCAUCAAUAAGUCUAUCGGAGGAACAAGGUAGAUGUUGCCACACGGACCAAUAUUACAUUGCUCUGCCAGUCUUUACACCACAGACACUCCACAGUAGCCACGUUUUUACAUCACCACUUUUUCUCUUUCCCAAUGACCUUUCGGGAAACAAUGGUAUCCAUAGAAAGGAAUAUUCCAAUCUCUUGUCUACAUGCGCCGUGAAAAUCAACCAGAAUAGUCAAUAGGGCAUGCCCAGUAAAACGUAAACAUCAACAUCACGUGAUACCGGCUUCCCCAAGUUUUUCUUUCACUUGUUGGAAUAACUCCGUAUUGCCAGUUUUUCGUCUGUCCAGUCUUGAAAUUUAGUUUGAAUCAAAAACAAACUUUGCUUAGUCCAGUGCCGAUUGCUGGCCUCCAUUUUUAAAAGUGAAGAACGUCUGGAUCUGCGUGUUACGUCAUAUCUGAGCAUGCGCUGAAAGAACGCACCCGGGAUAAAUUUAAACAGGAAAAGAUCAAAUUCAAUCUUGCUAAUAUUUUAUAAUUAAACUCAGGACAUGUUUUAUAUAGAUAUAUAUUUUCUUUUUUAAUAAAACUGCACUUGUGAAUAAAGUAUAGAAGGGUUUAGAUUCUG